CCUAAUCUCCUUAAGUUUCUUCUCCCUCAAAUCAUUCCGUCCCCCUGUCCAGAUAUCCACUUCGGCCUCCCCAGUUACUGUUGUGGAGGAACGAUUUGUCGAGAAAAUAGAGGUAGAACAAGAUGUUGCUGAUGACUUGUUUACGGAUAUUUACCAUUCAGCGGAGGUGUUCCGGCUGAAUUACGCGGAGAUGAACAGGAAAUUCAAGGUUUACAUUUACCCUGACGGAGAUCCAAACACGUUUUACCAGACGCCGCGGAAGCUCACAGGGAAGUACUCCAGCGAGGGCUACUUUUUCCAGAACAUAAGAGAGAGUAAGUUCCGUACGGAGGAUCCAGAUCAGGCUCACCUUUUCUUCAUCCCUAUUUCAUGCCACAAGAUGCGAGGCAAGGGAACAUCCUAUGAAAAUAUGACCAUAAUCGUCCAGAAUUAUGUAGACAGCUUAAUGGCUAAAUAUCCUUACUGGAAUAGAACCCUUGGAGCAGAUCAUUUCUUUGUCACUUGUCAUGAUGUUGGUGUGCGGGCAACUGAAGGAGUUCCAUUUCUUGUAAAGAAUGCCAUUCGAGUUACCUGCUCUCCUAGCUAUGAUGUUGGAUUCAUUCCACACAAAGAUGUUGCUCUUCCUCAAGUGCUGCAACCAUUUGCUCUUCCGGCUGGAGGAAAUGAUUUGGAAAAUCGGACAACUCUUGGUUUUUGGGCUGGUCAUCGUAACUCCAAGAUUAGAGUUAUAUUGGCACGUGUAUGGGAAAAUGACACUGAACUUGAUAUUUCAAACAACAGAAUAAGUAGGGCUGCUGGACCCCUUCUGUACCAGAAGAGAUUUUUCAGAACUAAAUUUUGUAUUUGCCCGGGUGGCUCUCAGGUCAAUAGUGCCCGCAUAACUGACUCAAUUCAUUAUGGAUGUGUACCUGUAAUAUUGUCCAACUAUUAUGACCUGCCCUUCAAUGACAUUCUUGACUGGCAAAAGUUUGCAGUCAUACUUAGGGAGGUUGAUGUGUACCAGCUUAAACAAAUCCUCAAAAACAUAACAGAUGAGGACUUUGCUUCACUUCACAAGAAUGUAGUAAAGGUCCAGAAACACUUCCAAUGGAAUUCACCACCCAUAGAUUAUGACGCAUUCCAUAUGGUUAUGUAUGAACUUUGGUUACGCCAUAGUGUUAUCAAAUACUAAUUUGUUAAUUUGUUGAACGUAGAUAGCACCAUUCAUUUUUGCCUAAAAGCUUGUAAAUUACUCAAGUCUUAUCCUUCACAAUCAUGAAGGUUUUGAAAGGUCAGCUGUGUCUGUUCUUCAUAGUUUAGAUUUGCAUUGUAUGUAUACUUCAAUAUUUUGUUCCAUUAUAAUAGAAAUUAGUGGUCUAAUCACUUGGCAUGAGGUCUGAAAAGCUCUAACCUAGACGGAUUAACAGCUGAUCUGUGAGUCUGCAGCUCAAAUUGUUUCAUCACUCACCCUUGAGCUUCGACGUUCCAGCAACUGAAAAAUAUGGUACUUCUGUUUCUUUUGUUUUUACAAGGUGCUUUUUCAUGUUUAUUGGAUACCCUUUCAGUAAGUUGCAUGCUUGUCUUUUGGCCAUCCAACAAUGUGCGUAUAUGAAUGCCUGUUUUAUACUUGCAUUUACCAAGAUGAAAUGCGUCACUUGAUCAAGUUGGG